CUCAAGUGAGGAUGAAAUCAUCGCCAAGUCCUAACGAGCCAUCAGCUAUCGGUCUGGCCUUCUCUUCACUCAUGCCAUGCGGUUGUUGAAUUGCUCGGAUGCUACCAUGGUGAUGGUAACUGACUCUUGACCGAUGUCGGGGCCUGCGGUCUUUCAGCAUUUCCCUUAGCGUGUCCGUCGCAUCUGAAUGUCCAACGUCCAUUGGAUCGAGCCUUGGACCGCGCCACGUAAGCAAGUAGCAGAUCAUCAUGCAUGAUGUGUGAUAAUCAGAUAAGAUCUCUAUCUCUCUCGAGGUUGCCUGGCAUCAAAGUUGGUAACUGACAUUCACAUUCCAGGUGAUCACAACCCUUCUGGUAGAGAUAAAUAUAACCGAUAUUCAUUCCAAUCUCUCGGAAAGAUGCGGUGGUGGAGUGGAAUAAUUCUGGCUGCGUACACAUUGUCAGUGUACGAGCACUCGUGGGCCGCAGCAGUGCCCUUCAUCCCACAAACUGACCAAGACAAAAAUGCUGUCGUCGUACACAACGCCAACCACAUAUUCAAUGCCAUACACUCGUCCAUGCGCCAAUGGGGUUCUUCUCUGAACCACAAUGGGAUGUCAUUUUUCAUGGCUCAAGUUCCAGCCGGCACGCAGUUCUACCACGGAUCACCCUUUCAAGAACCUGUCGAGGGUAUGGAAUGGUUGGCAUUUGAACCAGAACAUGCCAGCUUCUUCGCUACGAGGAUCAAGCGACGGAACGACACUGAUGACAACGAUGGUUCGGAGGUCGAGAGCGGCGACCUUGUCCAGCCACCUUCAGGUCACGAUGGCGGGAUAAUGCUCCAGCACCCUAUUCUGGAUACCAGGAUCAAACCACCCAGGUAUGACAUUACGCCGGGAUGGCUGCACACAUACAGGACAAAACACAAUCUUCCUUUGCUUUACAUUGAUGGCAUGUCAGCAGGCAAGACUGAAAGAGGCACGCUCGACUCUCAAGAUGCCUUGCUCCUGAAUGUGACCAGGAAUCAACGCGACGGAUUCUGGGACUUUGAACGUGCAAGGCGCCUAUGCAAGCUAUCCAAUGAUAAAUGGGGAGGGAAGAUCAAGGGUUUCAUACGGAUGGAGGCUGGCUUCGAAAUCAUCAUGUGCUCAUUCGUUGAGAAUGUAGAUUUCAUCUCCGCAGUCAGAACAGGGCGCUCGCUCCCGGGUGGCGAGGAAUCUGAACCGACCGAGCCCGUACGGCAACAUCUCAUGGUAUGGAUAAAGGCCAUCAGUGCCCGAUACGAUGAUAUUGGCGGUGACAGGGUGAAGCUUGAUCAUGAGAACUUCAUAACCAGCUUUGCGUAUGAUCUCGACCUGUUCAAUGACGGUGAUGAUCUGCCCAGGCUCGAAAACCUAUCGGUAGCUUCCCUUGAUAAGGUACGCAAUGAUGUCGACACUAUGGUCAACAACUGGGAUACUUUCGACUCCGGUGCUAUCAACUGGCAGAGCAUCACAGACAUGGUCGUUGAACGAUACGCAAAGGAGCUACCGUACCUGGUCUCAGAUAGUCUCGACACGUCUGAAGCAUUCUUGCAUGAAUUGUCAACCAUUCUUCACGUCUUUAUCGACUCGGACCAUCGUAAUUCAACAGCUGAGGUGGAGCGAUGUAUCAAUCAAUUCGUUCCUACUGGGAUCAAACACUCGGGAUCGAUUGCAGGUCGUGCAGUUGAAGCCGUCACGCGGAAGAUCUGUUCGGGCCUCUUCGCCGCUUUCGAUAGCAAUGUGUCUGUUUCGGAGUCAAAGAAAAAAUUGCGCUCGCUCAUGACAUACCUAGAUUGGACUACUUGGAAAAAGUGCGGUGAUUGCGCACUAGACGAGAUCUGCUUCAUACCAGUCUGGCCCAUUGGGUCGGAAGAGGAUCGAAUACAUCCUCGUUGUCGGAAUGCAACAGACAUUGAACAGAGACCCGGUGGCUGGCAGGUAGAAGAGUUCAUGGACAUGAGGGGGACGAUAUAAACGGCGUCAUUGCGAUUGAUAUGUUCACGCAGAUUAUACACUGUACAAUAGAUUGAAUCCCUUUGAAUUACCUCAGGUACCUGAGUAUGAAAAAUCCG